AUGCCGACGGUGCGGCGGCGGAACCCGGACGUGCACGUGAAGGCGCUGGAGGGGAUCGUCUCCGCCAACACCUUCCUCACGGUGGCCGUCUUCAUCGGCAUCACCGGCACCAUCACGGCCUCCUCCACCGUGCCAGCCAACUGCGUCGCCGGCGACGACAUCGCCCGCAACUUCUUCCUCUUCGAGAUCCUCUCCUUCGGCUUCUACCUCCUGUCCAGCUUGGUGGCGCAGGGGAUGAAGCUCUUAGUCACGCUGCUGGCCGCCGGCGACGACUUCUACGGCGACGGCGAGCAGAAGCCGGUCAUGACCGACGACUGCGAGGAGAUGCCGGCGUGGCGCGCCGCUGGGCCCCGGGAGCGGCGCCGCGCCGUGCUGCGGUACGCGCGCCCCAUGAUGCUGCUCGCCGCCGUCUGCUCCAUCAUGGGCACCUUCUUCCUGCUGCUCUCCAUGAUCGACGCCAUCCAGCUCAAGUUCGGGAUCCUCUCGUGCAACAUCCCGAUCACCGUCGGCGCCACGUUCGCGCUCUGCGUGCUCGCCGUCACCGGCCUGGUCUUCUACGGGAGCACCGUCGCCUACGCUCUCACCAACUACAUGCCGUGACCGUGACAGCUCACCUGCCUACACAUGUUCGUAGUAGCUGGUUGUUGCAUCUACUAGUUCAUUCUUUCUUAAUUAUCCUGGGAUUAAUCAAUUUUACAGCACGUAAUGUGCAUAUCCUGAUCAAUUAAUUUUAUUACGGACG